GUGUUUUUCAUUCCAGAAGAGACCAUGGCAGAACAUGGGGCUCAUCUCACUGCCACCUCCACAUAUGAGGACAGGCCUUCCAUCUUUGAAGUUGUUGCCCAAGACAGUUUGAUGUCUGCUGUGAGACCAGCAUUUCAGCAUCUCACCAAGGUAUUGGCUGAAUCCAACCCUUCACAUUAUGGCUUCCUGUGGCGCUGGUUUGACGAAAUCUAUACCCUCCUAGAUUUGCUGCUCCAGCAAUACUACCUCAACCGGUGCAGUGCUUCUUUCUCUGAAAACUUCUACAGCUUGAAAAGAGUUGUACUGAAAAGCAAAAGGAAGCAGUAUAGAUGUUUGGCCGCUGCUGGACUUCCCCAAAAGCAUCAUUGGAAAUCUCUCUGUUUGUUGGUCCUUGUUCCAUAUCUGAGAACCAAACUGGAGAAGUUGAUCUCCCGUCUCCAGGAAGAGGAUGAUUAUUCCAUCUACCCUCCAUCGUCCUGCUGGAAACGGUUUUACAAGGCCUUCCUGGCUGCCUACCCCUUUGUGAACCUGGCUUGGGAGGGCUGGUUUCUGGCCCAGCAACUAUGUUACAUCCUGGGGAAAGCUCAGCACCACUCCCCCCUGUUGAAACUGGCUGGUGUGCAUUUGGUUAGGUUGACAGCAGAAGACCUGCAGGCUUUCGAAGAUGCACGUGUAGCUGCUGGUGACGUCCUGCAGUCGUCAAACAGCAUGAAAGAGCAAAUGCAGUCAGCUGGGAAAAAUUUUUUAGGGGCACUGGCUUUCUCCCUCUCCACUGGUCUCUCUGUGGGCAUCUUCUUCCUCCAGUUCUUGGAGUGGUGGUAUUCAGCUGAGAAUCAGGAGACUGUCAAAUCACUGACUGCUAUGCCAAUCCCACCAUCACCUGUGCACCUGGACUAUGAGACGGAUUCACCUCUUUUGCCAAAGCUCAAGACAAUGUGUCCUUUGUGUCGUAAAAUCCGUGCCAACGACACAGCCCUCUCCACUUCUGGCUUUGUAUUCUGCUAUCGCUGUGCCUACAAUUAUGUGAAGCGUCACCAGCGGUGUCCCAUCACUGGCUAUGCCACUGAACUUCAGCACCUUGUCAAAUUAUACACACCUGAAAACUGACAGAACAGAUCAGUCCUUCAAUCUUUAUAUAAAAACUGGAGUGCUAAAUUGCAGCAUUGGGUAUUUUUUCUGAUUAUACUAAGCAGGGGUAUUCCAUGAUUUUUACUGGCAGAGGAGGUGGCUUUUAAGAGUACGGGUACUUGCUGUUUGGAAAAUCACUAGAAGUGAAGUGUUGACUUUGAGCUGUCUCUCUCAACUGAUUUUCCCCUAAAAACUGUUAAGUAACAACAGAUUAGUUGAGUGAGAUCAUUAGAUGGAAAAAAGGCCCUACCUGCUUCUUAUCAGUUCGACUUAAAGAUAUGCUUCUGGGGUGAGCACCUUUUCCUAGAAACAUCUGGCCAUUGACUGGCCAGCUGAGGGUUGCAGACCAAGUUGCAAGCAGGGUUUAGAAAAAAACUAGUUUUAAUUUUCUUUACAUGUAAAUAACUUUUUAAAGUCAUGUAUUUAAUAAUCCCCUUUUAUUACAUUAUAAAUUAUAAGUUGAUAACUUUUAGUUGCACACUGCUGACUUAAAUCAAAGGUGGCCUUUUUUUUUUUUUUUGUGAUAAGGAGUGGCUCAUACUUACUUUUUCAGUCUCCGAGGCUUGUAGAGAAUAUGAUAGACACUUUGGUGGGCUAGUCUGUGAUUCGGUAUAUAUAUCAGCCAAGCCAGUUGAGUUAAUUAUUUGAACCAGGAUCAAGUUAAAGUAUUGCAGAAACACAGUAAUGUAGUAAUGUCACCAGAGAAAGUAGAGUUGGAAUAUUAAGCAGCUUUGGGGAAUGAUUUCAGUAAAAAUAGGUACAUUAAGUCAACCAGCACCUUAACUUACUGUACUUAUUUGUUGCAACCCCCCCCCCCCCCCCCCCUUCUUU